AUGGCGGCGGCCGGCGGGGCGCGGGGCCGCACCAGCUUCCAGCGCCGGCCCGGGGCCGGCCCGCGGCCGCCCGCCCUGCCGGGCACCCGGCCCGCGCUGCGCCGCGGGCAGCUGCUGCUCUCCAGCGGGCUGCCCUCCCUGGACUGUGUGCUAGGUGGAGGCGUAGCUGUUGGAACCCUUCUUCUUAUUGAGGAGGAUAAAUAUGGCCUUUACUCAAAUUUGUUGUUCAAGUAUUUUCUCGCAGAGGGAAUUGUCUGUGGACAUGAACUGUUUGUUGCUUCUGCCAAAGAGCAUCCUGACAACAUUUUGAAGGAACUUCCAGCCCCUUUGCUUAAUGAUUCCCAUGGGAAGGAACUGGGGGAUGAAGCAGCAGCUGUGAAGUCUGAGGAUUUUCAGGAUUCUAUGAAAAUAGCCUGGCGCUACCAAAAUUUACCAAAAAUGGAGGUCAGCCCAACAACGCAUACAAAGUUUGGCCAUUAUUAUGAUAUUUCUAAGAAAAUGUCUCCAGAGCUGUGUCAGUCUGUAAAAUUGCACAGUUUUUACCUCCAUGAAGAAUUGCCUUUCGAGCCUAAAAUGAAAACAUGGAAUAUGAACAGUGGUUAUGCAAGGCUGCUUCAGUCCAUUCAGAGGAUCAUUUCCCAGGAAGGCUUUGAUGGCUCUGAUCCCCAGCAAAAACAAAGGAAUGUUUUGAGGAUAGGAAUCCAGAGCCUGGGUUCCGUAUUGUGGGGAGAUGAUGUUUGUUGCAGUGAUACUCCUGAAGAUCCUCACAGCCUGACAAAAUUCCUGUAUGUUCUGCGUGGCCUGCUCAGGAAAUCCUUGUCAGCCUGCAUCAUCACCAUGCCUGCACACCUCAUCCAGAAUAAAGCAAUUAUGGAACGUGUAGCAAACUUGUCAGAUAUGGUGGUUGGUCUUGAAUCAUUUAUUGGCUCUGAGAGAGAAACCAAUCCAUUGUACAAGGAUUACCACGGUUUGGUUCACGUACAUCAGAUUCCUCGGCUUAAUAGCUUGAUCUGUGAUGUGUCAGACACGAAGGACCUUGCUUUUAGAUUAAAAAGGAAGCAGUUCACCAUCGAGCGGCUGCAUUUGCCUCCAGACUUGUCAGACACAGUGAGCCGCGCGAGCAAACAGGAUCUGGCAGGAUCCGCCAAACUGCUGAGCUCAGGAUGUGGCGCCAUGGCCAUCGGCAAGAAGCACCUGGACUUCUAGUGAUUUCUGCUUAGCAGCUUCACUCACAUGCAUCUGACACUCUCAUUAGGAGUGUUAAUGACUUAUAUAAAUAUUUUUCUUAAUGAUUUGACCCA